GAGGCUCCUGAAAGCUCCAAGCAGACCAAGCUGGGCCACAAGUGAAAAGAGUGUCUCACACUCGGGAGGGACGCAGCAUGGAAGAACACCGGCUGGGACCACCAGAACGGGGGAUCUACACAACAGGUUCUAGGCCACAGUAGCCCAGACCCCUUCUGUAUCCACCGAAUGUCCAGGCUUUGGAAUGGGGGACCUGCGGAGAUGCCUAGCCACCGGGGAGUAUGGUAUGCUAAAAGAUUGUCCUUUGUUUGAAAGCAAUUUUAUGCAGGUUACCAAGAACGGGGAUGUAGCCAACAGAGUCACUGUGGGCAUUGCUGCCACCAGCCCGAGCCUGGAACUGCCGGAUCUAAUGUUGCUCGCACGGCCAACCCCAUCUGCAGCAACCCAGUGUGAGUGUGAGUGUCCUGAAGAAUUGCCGUUCCCCGAGGAGGAGUUACAGCUCUUUGGGCUUCUGCCCUUGAAGUUUGUACGGCUCUACGUCCAUGAUGAGUCCCGACACCAGAUCAAGGUCCGCCUGGCCAACGGCCGCACUUUUUACCUGCAACUCUUGACGCACCCCCUCAAACAGGAGCAGGUCUUUGGACAGUGGAUACGGCUGCUAUACCGCCUGCGCUUUUACCACUCAGAUGCCCCCCUUGCCUAUGAGCAGGGGAAUGCUAUCUACCGCCAGAACCGGAGAAAAAGCAACACGUCAGUAUAGGAGGAGGAAGAAAGGAGAGACCAUUUGUAGGUGACGAAGAAGACACUUGGAGGGGGAUGAAGGAUUUCUCUAUCUGUCCCCCCUAGAACUAAUAGAGAACAAGGUUCCCUCCCAGGCAGGCUCCCCAGUCUUGGAUACAGCUCUUCCCCAAUGUGACGUUGCUGCAACAGCCACUCAAGGAGGAGGAGACAAUCCCCU